AUGGGUCUGCGAUUUAACGGCCACCAUUUCCCGCUCGCCGCCGCCCCUUUCGUGUUUGGCUUUGCGCAAGACCAUGUGCCAUCCCAUGCACUGGAUGAGAUGGCCUGUCGCCCGCGUGGCGACCCGACCUGCAUCGACGCCCGCGCCAUACUCUGGAUCAGCAUUUGUGUUGGGCAAGUGCCAGAUCGUACACGCAGUCUAUUUUUGUCUGGCUACUUCAUAGAAGCGAUGGUAAUCGCCGUUCAAUUGGCGGGUAUCAUUGAUCGAAAGAGAUAA